GUUCAGCACUCGUUCAGCACCCUGCGUUGAUCUUCAGCGUUUGUCUACAAUAUUGGCUCAGGCCCAAUUCACUACUCUGGCCAACGCCGCUGUACACGUCCCACUACUCGACCUCGCGCGAGCGCUGCGUCGAUUGGUGUUGAUUGUUAGAUAUGGUUUGUGCUACUGACGAUCUGUCAUUCUCAGUUCUCGGUCGCCAUUCGUGAAGGAAGCAGUGCACCCGUCCCCAUCAUUGAGCUAGGUUUGACUGUCUCCAGACGGAGUUCAUUCUUCAUAAGCUUCCACGUCACAAGGUAACGGGCCCUUGAUAGCAAGCGCGACAAGGCUCGCGGCUUCCGCCUUUCCCAGCUCAGUGUGCUCCCAUGUCGCCUUUUCACAUCCUCCCAAAACGUAGGGCUAAAAAUGGAACCCCAGACUCUCCUCGCGACGAUGCUCAGUCCCAAGCGGCGUCUGUAUCUCCGUUGUCGAUCCCAGGUGCAGUUGGUUCGAUCUCCAGCCAUCAGUCGAGGAUUCGGUCUGCCGGGAGAUCGACCCUUGACCCGAUACACGAACCUUCCUCUCAGACUGCAAGUGCUGAGGGCAACGGGGCACCUGCGCAGUCUGCCUCCGUAUCCCAUUCGGCUUCCUCGGUCAGUGGCACUACGCACCAUGAAAGCGGAGAUGACGAUCAUGUGAACGAGGCGAUCGACGAGGCCGCGCAGGAACUGCGCGCUCGCAGCCCUGCAGCGAAACCGGGGAGCAAGUUGGGCAAGAAGAUAGGUGCACUAGUCGGCAUUGGGCAGACAGCGAACGGAUUAGUUUCCUCUCUAGAGACGGAUUCUAUUCAGAACGCCGUCAAUGGCUUCUUCGAGAGUGUUCCGGUGCUCGUCAGAGCUCUAGAUGAAAUUGCCAAGAUUCAUCCCUUCAUCUCAGUCGCUCUACUCGCUUUUAAAGCCGUCUAUACAUUUGAGAUGAAGCGGAGCGAGAACGACUCGAAGGUAAUCGCGCUCUACGUUGAAAUGAAAGAUAUGAUGACCGUCCUACUGGAACUGAAGAGCAUCAAGGACCCGAGUGCGGUUGACGUCGAGGGCAUUGCUGUCGAGGGGAGGAUGCAGGGCCUCAUCAAGCAAAUAGCCGAAGAUAUCAAGAGAUGCGCAAACGUCUGUGACGUCUGGUCGAAGAUGAGAUCCUUGGCGAAGGUCCUCAAGGCACCGUUCUGGGAAAGCAACUUUGUCGACUUGGUGAACUUGUUCGCGCAACGACGUGCCGAUCUUCAGUUCGCGAUGUCAAUGCAUGCUAUGCGCGGCAUCGAUGGCGUCUCUGAUCAGUUGAAAGGUAUCAGCCGUCUAAUGGAGGAGAGGACAAACCCAGAACAAAUCAUCUACUUCAUUCAGACAUAUGUGUCGCAAGAGGAUCAACAUCUGUACAAACAAGUCACGCUACGCGGGGGAGCUGCUGCAGUCCUUCAUGAUCAAUGUGCCCUCGAGGAGCUCACCGCGGAGGGUGCCAGGGAGCCGUCCGGGGAGCAUGAUGGUGCCAGCGACCUGCGCUCUCUGCAGGCAGAUCUACGCGACCCAGCUGAAGCUGCAAAUGAGAAUCUCCCGUCUUUCGAACGCAAGCUCGAAAUCCUCCAGAGGCAGAUCGUCGAAGAUACGGAGAAGAUUAUGGUCCGGGAGAGCGACCGUGUUAUCGAGUCAGUAACAUCAGGUCCUCAUGACAGGAUACUGGACAAGGAUAUUUAUACUAUCUGGAAGGAAAUGGGAUGGCGCGGCAGCGUCAAGACAAGGCACUUCGUCCUCGCACUGCGAGACUUCUAUCAUGACCGCGUCGAAGAAAGCAAACGAAAGGAGGCAGCGUCAGACGUAGCCUACACCUCCGAUGCCGACGCGUGGUCGCUGGAGUUCAUCAGCAUGAAGUGGCUCCAGUCAAUCAGCGAAGCCUUUGACGACGACGCCUCAGGCUUCGUCACGAUUGCUGAGGCGAACGAUUUCACUAGUUCGAGACCUACCAACUGGAGCUUGCCCCGUUGGAUUGCGUAUUGGGCAGUCGGCUGGCAAAACACCGCGACGAUUUACAAGGAGAAGAUCUACAAAAUCGUAGACAGCAUGUUCGCUCUGAAACCUUGCAUCCACCCUCAGAAUCGUCAGAUGGUUGAGCGAUAUCUGAAUCAUACGUGGGAACAGCUGAUGUUUAGCACCAUGCCCCUUGAACCGUUAACGCUGCUAGACAAGGUGCAACGACGCUUCGGGGAUUACGUCGUUAGCGAGGAAACGAGACUCAAACGGAAUUUGGAGACCAUUCGCUACCGUGUCGACGACUUGACUACGCUCUCCAUCGUCACGGGUCCGGGGAGAAUCGAGAAGUAUCUAUUCCCGCUGCUCUACUUGAUGCUGCAACGUGAUCUGCAAAUCCUUAAAAUAUGCCGGCAUCACAUCGUCGAUGAACGAGAGCUAUGGGAUUGUGGCGACAAUAUCCUAACUGUGGUAAACGCCUGCAAAACAAGGAAACAAUCCCUGGGAGAGACGUUCUCACAUCAGGGUUGGAUCCCUCAGGAGCAAUUCAAGAGUAAAUACUGCAGACUAUUCGAACUCACAGACGAUUGGAAGGAAGGACGAAAGCGGCUGUACGACGCCAAACUAGCACACAUCCACUACGACGAGUCGUCCGGUACAGCCGGCGAGGAAAAGUCUGACCUCUCUGCCCUGAACCAUCCGCUCAAAGAGCCGUACCGCCCUGAAGUGGAGCAAUACAUCGCAAAGCAGUACGUUGAGACGGACGAGGACCGCAUGGCUCAGUCGCCGAUCAAGGAGAUCCUGGGCACCUGGUACAGUUUACUCUCGAAGAGGAAUCCUCCAGAGUGGCCGAUGGGCCCGAUGUUCACGGUCGAAAUUCACGUUGCAAAGCGCGGGCCUUACGAGCUCGAAGCCGUCGGCUCCAUGCCCGACAGCAUGAGAGGCAUAACAUUCACACUCGGGGGGAAUGCGGAGACCACGGCUCACGGCGAGACUUACUACACACUGCACCUGAGCUCCACUUUCCAGGCCUAUAUCGUGGAACUGCGCGGGAAAAUGAGCAAAAGUCCCACGCUGAUCGAGGGUGUCUGGGGAGGUGUGGGGAAGGAAGCGACCCACACAGAGGUCGGCCCCUUCGUCCUGACUCGGAUGACUCCGGAGGUACUCUCUUGCCGUCCGGCCCCUUGGAAAUUCGAGCAAAACAGGAUCCGUGCUUUAUGGCGCUUUGCCCUCUCAGCCACCCGUCAGCAAGUCCUGAGAUCGACCUACUCCUGGAAAUUUUUCAAGCAACGAAGAACGGCGAGGCUGCGCUACGUCGAAUUCAUUUUGCGAGAGAGAUUUGGCCCCCGCCUCAGUGCUGAGGACGAGGUCGAGUAUCAAGGCUUGAUACGUUCUCUCAGUCCUGCAGACGCCCGGUUUUACGCAUCCUUGGCUGAACAUCAGCUACUCCAGACAGCUUGCGUACAUCACGGGUAUGAAUGCGACAACUGCAGCUGUCAAAUCAGGGGCUCGCGCAUGGUAUGCAUGACAUGCGCUACACGGUCCUUGGACACCCUCGACUUGUGUAGCGAUCCCCGUUGUCUCGCUUCCACUGUCACCCCGACACAGCGCUCGGAUCUAGCAUCGCCUCACCUUCCGACGCACGAUAUCUUCCAGCUCAGGAAGACCAUGUACAUGCGCGAGCGCCAGCAGUACGACGCACAAGUUCGAGAGGCUUUGCGGAGGUCUCACGCGACGCUCGACGAGCUGGAUGCCCCAGACAGCGGACCGAAUACAUCCAGCAUGGUGAAUAGGAAACUGCGCUGUCUAGGGUGUGAGGGCGGCGUAAAGUGGCCCUGUUGGUACUGCGUAGAAUGCGAUGACGACGUAUUUUUAUGCGUGGCAUGCGAUAUCAAGGGCGGAAUCACGAAGAAUCAACAUAAGGAGACACACACGCUCGUACGGUGUCAAGCUCGAAUGAGGGAAGAACCACAAUUGUCGAUAGAGCAACGUAUGGAAGCACUAGAGACGAGGUUUGGGACCAUGCACGACAGCCUCUACCAUAGAUUGGAUGGACUUGAAGCGCAGCUAUCUCGGAUCCAAGAGUUACUAGAGUCUGCGGUGUCGCGGCCAAUGUUAGGCCCAGGCCCACGGUCGGCGUCCCACCCCUGGACAUGACCCUCGUCUACUUUCUGUACUGAACGCGCUGGUAGUACGGACGAUGAGGGCUUGCGAAGCGCACCUGUUGGGUGACUAGCUCAUGCACGCUGGUGAUCUGCGUAAUACGCCUGGAAAGUUCCGAAGGCGUUGCGUUGGCCGAAACUGCAGAAAAGCAAUCGCAGUCGAAUACUUUCUCGCUUGCGGAACAUUGAUGCGCAUCAUUGGAAACGUGAACGGAAGCAACCGAUACUUUCCUCUUUUAGCAGUUCGAUUGCCUCUUCGGAUUCGAGUUCGUCUUCUGUCGUCGUUCGUCGAGACCUUCCCUCGUCGGUUGUAUGUAUUCCCUCGCAUCCACGAAACCGAUCCACUUCUGACCGCAAUCUCUGCGCAUGUAAGGCGGGCCUGCAGCACUCAGUCUG